AUGGCAUUGAGCGAUCUCGUGCUUGAUUUUUACGAGAUGACCAAUGCAGGUCGAGUUGAUAUGAGUGAUUUUGAAUUACUUAAAGUACUUGGCACGGGAGCUUAUGGAAAAGUAUUUCUCGUGCGUAAAAUAACCGGUGCCGAUCUAGGAAAAUUAUAUGCAAUGAAAGUUUUAAAAAAAUCAGCUAUUUUACAAAAAGCUAAAACAGCUGAACAUAUUAAAACUGAACGACAAGUUUUAGAAGCAAUUCGUCAGAUUCCUUUUUUAGUAUCACUUCAUUAUGCUUUUCAAAGUGAUGCUAAACUUCAUCUUGUUAUGGAUUAUGUUAGUGGCGGAGAAUUAUUUACACAUCUUAAUAAACGACAACAUUUUAGUGAACAAGAUGCAAGAAUAUAUAUUGCAGAACUAACCCUUGCUCUUGGACAACUACAUAAACUUGGAAUUAUUUAUCGAGAUAUUAAACUUGAAAAUAUAUUACUUGAUAAUGAUGGUCAUAUUGUUUUAGCAGAUUUUGGUUUAAGUAAAGAAUUUCGACCGGAUGAUGCUGAUAAACGAACAUAUUCAUUCUGUGGUACAAUUGAAUAUAUGGCACCAGAAGUUGUUAAAGGUGGAGAUGCCGGACAUGAUUUUACGGUUGAUUGGUGGAGUCUCGGCGUUCUUACAUUUGAACUUUUAACCGGUGCAUCACCAUUUACUGUUGAUGGUGAUCGAAAUACUCAACCAGAUAUAUCAAAACGGAUAGUAAAAAAUCAACCAUUAAUACCAAAUCAUAUAUCAAAAAAAGCAAAAGAUUUUAUUCUUAAACUGUUAAUGAAAAAUCCCAAACGUCGUUUAGGUUCAAAAGGAUUAGAAGAUAUUAAACGUCAUCCAUUUUUUGGAUCUGAUAUGGAUUGGGAUGCUAUUGCUCAAAAACGAAUUCAAGCACCAAUUAAACCAAAACUUAAAGAUGAAAUGGAUACAAGUAAUUUUGCAGAUGAAUUUACACGAUUACCAAUAACAGAUUCACCUGGAUUAGCUCCACCAACUGAAAGUCUUUUCAGGGGUUAUUCAUUUAUUUCACCUACUGUUCUUUUUGGUCCUGAGAAUGCAGUUAAUGAAGAUUUAUAUAAUCUACUUCGUCUUACAAAUCAUCAACGACCAGAUCCAUCACAACUUCAUCGAUUGAUCAAAACAAGUCCGUUUUUUCGAAAUUAUGAAUUAAUUGAUCGUGAAGGUUUUCUUGGUGAAGGAAGUUAUUCAAUCUGUCGACGUUGUCGAAAUCGUCGUACACAAGAAGAAUUUGCUGUCAAAAUUCUUUCAAUUCGACAAGAAGUUGAUGCACAGAAUGAAAUUGAACUUUUACGUUUAUGUCAAGGUCAUGCAAAUAUUGUUAAAUUACAUGAAGUUUAUUCUGAUGAACUUCAUACAUAUAUUAUAAUGGAAUUAUUGACGGGUGGAGAACUUUUUUAUCGAAUUCGUACUCAAACAUCAUUUUCUGAGAAAGAAGCAAGUCAAUUAAUGAGAAAAUUAGUAUCAGCUGUUAAUUUUAUGCAUAGUAAUGAUUUAUGUCAUCGAGAUCUUAAACCAGAAAAUUUACUUUUUUCAUCAUCUCAUUCUGAUGCUGAAAUAAAAAUCAUUGAUUUUGGUUUUGCUAAAAAACGUACUAAACAUCAACCAAUGACAACACCAUGUGGAACACUUUUAUAUACAGCACCAGAAGUACUUCGUACUGCAACAUCAUUUAAUCAUUCUCAAUCAUCUUAUUUAUCUACAUCAUCCGUUUCAUCAUCAUCCUCAUCAACAAGUACAAUUAUAGCUCUUGUACCUUCUUCUACAACAACAACAAAUACAAGUUCAAUUACAUCCGGUUAUGAUGAAUCAUGUGAUUUAUGGUCACUUGGUGUAAUUUUAUAUACAAUGUUAAGUGGAGAAGUUCCAUUUAAUUCUAUAACAGCACAUCGAACAGCAGAAGAAAUUGUUGAAGAUAUAACACGUUCAAAAUUAUUAUAUGAUACACCAGCAUGGAAAAAUGUUUCACAAACAGCCAAAGAUCUUGUUAAAGGUUUAUUAACAGUUGAUCCAUCAAAACGUUUAACAAUUAAAGAUUUAUCAAGAAAUGCUUGGCUACGCGGAUCAAAUGUUCCAAAUACACAAGAUCAUUUAAUGACACCUAGUAUUCUUUGUCAAGCAUCACGAUCUCUAAUUGUACGUGCUGUUAAUGUAACAAUGCGUGCAUUUCAAAAAGCCGGUCAAUUUCAAUUAUCUGCUGUUAUCGAUGGAAUUCUAGCACGACGUCGUUAUACGAAAAAAUCAACUGAUUCAUGUUCGUCAACAUCAAGUUCGACAACAACAUCAACGGCAGCUGUUGUACCGACUCAUAAUGUUCCUUUAUCUACUUUACCACAUACUCGUCGUUUAUGUGGAAAUGGUGUUUGUCGUUGUCGUCAUGCUCCAUGUCCACCAACGAAUGGUAUUUCAUCGUUAUCUUCAUUUGAUUUCAGUGAUGAAAGACUUUCACAAUUAAUUGAUCAAUAUCCAUUAACAAUGACAUCACCAACAACAAUAACAACAACAACAACACCAACACCAAAGAGAUAUGGAAUGACAUUACGAUCACGAGUAACUGCUACUACGAAUGCUGUUCAUCAUGAAUUUGCAUCUCCCGAUCCACCUCCACCAUUACUUCUUGUACCUUCUUUAUCUUCGUCUUCGUCUUCCUCAUCAAUUAUUACAGAUAUACUUCCUUCAACUAAUAUUUAUGGUGAAAAACGUCCAUUAAUAUCACCUAUACAUCAUCCAUUAGCAUCAGUACAUAAGAAAAUCAAACGGUCAGGUACAAUAACGAUUGAUGAUUAG